AUGAUCGUUGAGGAAGAUGAGGUGGCGCCCAACGACACUUCUUUACAACCAUCUCAAAGUGCCACGUCGCUCGCGGGGUUGGGUGACUCACCCCAGCCCGCUCCGGCUACCCUGUUCCGACCGCCUCAACCACGCAACACACCUGUCUCCGCCUCACAACGCCCUUUGGCUGGCCGGAAUGCAGUGAAAAAAUUUGCCGACCUCCUCAAACUGAGCAAGGAGAAUGUCGAAUUGGUGCAGAAAGUUUACGAGUUCGCGGGUGGAUCUGGGUCAAAAUGGGUACCUGGGCGCCUGAUCCGAGACACUUUCAAAGGUGCAAUUGGCGAAUUCAUUUUGAGGCCCAGCCUCCAAGCGUUUAGCAGGACUGUGGCGGCAAAUCACACGACUCUGGUGGAUAGCUUAGAGGUCUUAACGUUUAAUUACCUGAAACAACUUGACCCCGAAAUUGUAGAUGAACAAUGCGCUGGAGAUUACAUCGCGGGGGAGGCCUGUAUUCCGGGCACCGCGAUGUACUCUUUUAUCAAAGAAGCGUUGAAGAACCAGCGUAGCAAGGUCCGCUCUGUGCUUCUCACCAAUAUUCUCGGGGUCAAAGAGGAUAGUGCUCUCACCGUUCUGUCUGCGAAAUCGGUCGUCCUUCUGGUCGCACGGACGUUUAUCCCCAAGUUGAAAGAUCUGGGGGACAAGGCCUUGAUGAUCAAGCUGGGGCCUGAGAAGGUCAGGUGGAUCAUAUUUAUGCGAUACGUGACAGCUUACCACCAUCUUAACCACACUGAAAACAAACGACAUUGCCAGUGGACCAUCAUGGACGAAGCUUUGGCGGACCUUCGCGAAAGGCCUGACAGCGAUCGACCCUUGUUCCUCAAUGAGAUUGUGUGGUAUGAUCGAGAGGCCUUUAAUGGCAAACGGACCUGGGCGACUAUCAAAGCCUCAGACCCCCUCCGAGCCCCCGUCCCGAGUGAAGUUCUGGCAAGUUUACAGGCAAAUCCAGGGGGUGGCUCUGGCUCUGGGGAUAUGGAGACGGAGGAGGUAGACGACGGUGGAGGGGAUGAAUGA